UAGUGAUAGCGAAACAUGGUAUAGAAAAGAAAAGAAAUCGAAGAGAAGAAGGUUUAACCCUAAUUGAGAUUCAACAGAAAAACCCCUCAAUGUCUCACCGAGACUCUGAUUCGAAGCUUCGCCAUUCCAAGUUCGAUCGUGAACCAAGCCCCAAGAGAUAUCGAAGGGAUGGAAAACAAGAUAGGGAAAGGGAUAGAGAUAGAGAUAGAGAAAGGGAAAGGGGAAGUGAAAGAGGAAGGGACAGGGACAGAGUAACCACAAAUGGUGGAGGAGGAGCAGGAGGAGACCAGAAUCCUAUAGAUCGUGAUCAGAGAAACCUACCGCCACCUCCUCAUUCUAAGCAGGAGUCUGUUGGUGCUGGUGACAAGAAAUCAAAUGAUCAUCAGGAGCCACCCAAACAUUCAGCUCAACCACCGAGAUCUCGCUCGUAUUAUCAGCAUGCUGAACGGGGUAAUACUGAGCAGGUUGGUCGAAGUGCUGGUCGAAGGGAAGCUGGUGGAAAAGCUUUUGCUCAAAGUAAAGAGAAUAGCGAAAGGGUGGAGACAAGUCAAAGUAGAGAACAGAGAGAUGAGAAAUCACAGGCUAAACUGGAUGAUAAUCUCCACAGAAGAGAUGGUUCUCCUGAAAGGAAAGAUGAUCCACCUUCUAAUACUAGGAAAAGACCAGCAUUUAGGGAGAAGAAGAUUCAAGGGGAUUCAGGAGAUGCUAAUCCAGCUGUGAGUACUGAGAGAGUAAAGGCCAGCCAUACUGACCACCCUCCUGAAAGGAAUGAAAGGAAGGAGGAAAGAAGUGGCAACCCUCGCCAUCUGGAAAGACAUGAGAAGCAAAUUGCAGGGGACAGAGCACCCAACAGGAGUGAAGGUAGGAGGGAUGGCUUUUCAUCAAGGGCAAGGUAUGGGGGCAGUGGAGGCAAUAAUAAUGACAGGGGAAGAGAUAAAUUUAAUGCAAGACAAGGUUAUCAUCCUAUUAAGACUCGAACAGAGAAGUGGAAGCAUGAUUUGUUUCAAGAGGCUGACAACGAUCCUGUUCCAAAGAAUGAGGAUGACCAGAUUGCAAAGCUGGAAGCACUCUUGGCUUCAUAAUAACUAACAACAGUCAGUUUGAGUUGAACUUGUUAAUGUUUUGUUUUAGAUAUCAUCAUUUCACUCCUGGCUUGUUGGACAAUUUCCAGGGAUGAUUUAUUUCAGUGAUCAAUUACAUGAUUUCUUUUGAUCUCUGGUUUACGUGUUUAAGUUUUACGGGAUGUGUUGCACUUGAUUUGGCGAUUCUGUUCAUUGUGGUAUCGUGUCGUUACUCUCAGCAAAGCUAAUGUGUCUGUUGAGCACAAUGAUUGUCAGUUUCCGCUAAGGUUAACAGGAAAUGUUAGAGGAA